GCAGACACAUGUGGAAACCAAACCACCGUCUCCGGCGAUACCACUAGCCGUCAGCCAUGAUUCCGACUACCAGUCGACACAAAACCCUAAAUCUUACCUCCUCAGCUCACGUAUAGACACCUCACCAAUGUCUUAUUUCAAUCGAGCAUCGAAAGCAAUCCAAGUAGCCAAUCGCAUAUACAGAUUCUCCCUCAAUCAUCAUUAUAAUCUAGGGUUACCUUACUUUGCUUCCAAUGAACACGGAUUUUGCUCCAAUUCUAGGAACAGUAACCGUAGAGAUGAUAAUAAUGUCAUAGAUUUGAGCCAAUACCCCACGGAUAAAAUUCGAAAUUUCUCAAUUAUUGCUCAUGUUGAUCAUGGAAAGUCUACGCUGGCUGAUCGGCUUCUUGAACUUACUGGUACUAUUAAGAGAGGACACGGACAACCUCAGUAUCUAGAUAAAUUGCAGGUUGAGAGAGAAAGGGGAAUCACUGUUAAGGCUCAAACAGCUACCAUGUUCUAUAACUACGAGUUGGAAGACAGUAACACAAGCUAUUUACUCAACUUGGUUGACACACCUGGUCAUGUGGAUUUCAGCUACGAAGUUUCGAGAUCGUUGGCUGCUUGCCAGGGUGCCCUUUUGGUGGUUGAUGCAGCCCAAGGAGUACAAGCUCAAACAGUUGCUAACUUUUAUCUAGCCUUUGAAUCUAAUCUCGCAAUAAUACCUGUUAUUAACAAAAUUGAUCAACCAACUGCUGACCCUGAUCGUGUCAAAGCACAAUUAAAGUCCAUGUUUGAUCUUGAUACAAGUGACGUACUUUUGACAUCUGCCAAGACCGGCCAAGGUCUUGAACACGUGCUUCCGGCUGUAAUUGAGCGGAUUCCUCCUCCUCCUGGCAAGAGUGAUUCAAAUCUUCGUAUGUUUUUGCUGGAUUCUUAUUACGAUGAAUAUAAGGGAGUUAUAUGUCACGUGGCUGUUGUUGAUGGUUGCUUGCGUAAAGGUGAUAAAAUUACAUCAGCAGCAACUAGCCAAUCUUAUGAGGUUUUGGAUGUUGGGAUUAUGCAUCCGGAACUCAGGCCGACUGGAUUCCUUUUAACUGGACAAGUGGGGUAUAUGGUCAGUGGUAUGCGCUCAACUAAGGAGGCACGUGUUGGAGAUACACUGUUUCAUAGCCGAACAACCGUAGAGCCUCUACCAGGAUUCAAGCCUGCAAAACAUAUGGUUUUCUCUGGCCUUUAUCCCGCGGAUGGUUCUGAUUUCGAAGGACUCAACCAUGCAAUUGAGAGAUUAACAUGCAAUGAUGCCAGUGUCUCUGUUGCUAGAGAGAGCAGCACAGCACUUGGUCUUGGUUUCAGGUGUGGCUUUUUAGGAUUACUUCACAUGGAUGUUUUCCAUCAACGGCUUGAGCAGGAAUAUGGAACACAUAUCAUUUCUACCGUUCCGACUGUACCAUAUAUUUUUGAGUAUUCAGAUGGGAGCAAAGUAGAAGUUCAAAAUCCAGCCGCCUUCACUGCAAAUCCUAAAAUCCGAGUGGUAGCUUCUUGGGAACCUACGGUGUUGGCAACAAUUAUUAUCCCCAGUGAGUAUGUUGGUGCGGUUAUUAAUCUUUGCUCGGAAAGAAGAGGGGAACAGAUAGAAUAUUCAUUUAUCGAUACUCAACGGGCGUUCAUGAAGUACCGGUUACCUCUAAGGGAAAUUGUUGUUGACUUCUACAAUGAACUGAAGAGCAUUACGUCUGGUUAUGCAUCGUUUGACUACGAAGAUUCAGAGUACGUUGCUUCCGAUGUGGUGAAACUUGAUAUCUUAUUGAACGGACAACCCGUUGAUGCAAUGGCAACAAUCGUUCAUAAGUUGAAGGCACAACGUGUUGGUCGUGAACUCGUAGAAAAGCUCAAGAAAUAUAUUGACAGGCAAAUGUUCGAGAUCACCAUACAAGCGGCCAUCGAUUCGAAGGUCAUUGCUAGGGAGACGAUUUCGGCAAUGAGGAAGAAUGUUCUUGCAAAGUGUUAUGGUGGAGAUGUUACAAGGAAGAAGAAACUAUUGGAGAAACAAAAAGAAGGAAAAAAACGAAUGAAGCGUGUCGGAUCGGUGGAUAUACCGCAAGAGGCUUUUCACGCGAUAUUGAAGGUAUCAUAGGGGAAAAGAAAUAUAGUAGAGUUGGAAAAUACUCAUAUGACAGGUCUGCAUACAUCCCACCACGAGACUCGAUUCUCAGGUGGAUUACAUUGAGCUCAUUUUGUUUGGGGUUUAAGAGAAAAUCCAAUGGGACGAGGACACCUGUUAGCCUUGUGGCUCCAUCACUCGGAAAAGACAAUUUUACCCUCCAUUAUUUGCUUUAAACUACUCAUAAUGUUAUACAUACUUGCCUUUAAGGGGGGUUUUUGGUUCGCAUAAUGCUUUUGGAAUGAAUGGAAAGGAAUUGGAAUUAGAAUGAAACUUAAAUAAAGUUCGACCACACGUUUGGUUGGCAGUUUUAGAAUCUGUUAAAUGAACUGGAAUCUGUUUGGUUGCAGAAUGUAACUUUGG